CCUAUAAGUGGGUAUCACGAUGCCUCCAAACAAAAUCCUGAACGUCAGUUACAACGUGCAUCGCCACUCGCCUCGUCCAUCAACAAAUAUCCUGCAUCCAGCUCCACAGUAGUUACAUCGAAUUUCCAACAACAAACUCAUCAGCUUAACCCGAAUUUUCAGCCUUACGGAUUUCCUUUCUUCCCACCAACUUAUGCCCCAGCUGUUCGGCACCAGAC